CCCACUCCGGGUUCCCAUGGAACGGCCGGCCCUCUGCUGUCGUGUCUCACCACUUUGUCUGGCAUGACUUGCGGCCUUCGAGUGCUGGUAUGCACAGAAGCGGGCAUGAAGAUGCCGAGAGGUCUGUCCGUUGGAACUUGUACCGCCCAACUGCUCACAUGUCUGUUCGACACGAUGACAGGUUGCGUCAACGUCUGGUAGACUAUGGCGAACCCCCCUCUUAUCCGCAGGCCGGAAGGAUGAAGAUCGAACUUGACUCUGGGAGGGUGCCCGAGCGCCGCCCCGUUCCCAUAUGGACGCCGUUUCGUACUCUAGCUUCCGGUGCUUUCUGCUUCUUUGCGUGUUCGACAAUCUGCCGCGUUCUAGGAUGCGGAUCGCACUGGCCGUUGGACGCCGAGUUCUGUCUUGCGGCCCUUCUUGGGCUGCUUCUCUACUGGCUGGGCUCCUACGCCAAGGCAUAUCCCAACGCGUGGUUUUUCCAAGCCGACUUAUCAUGGCUCCUCUGGCUCCUCUUCGACCUUGCCCUCCUCGCGCUCGGCUCCACCCUCUGUAUCCACGCCUCGCGCGACCCCUCCAGCGUCUUUCACGCCAAUAACAACAUGCUCUCCAGCCUCCCUCUCAAGCUCUCCGCGAGCUUCCUUGCAGGCGCCAUCUGCGGCGGAGUCAUCCUCCUGCUCAACAUCGCUUGCUGGCGCGAUGGUCGGCGUGUCAUCCUCGGCGGGCCCUGGUACUCUUCGCAUUGAUACCUUCGGUUCGUUCUAACGACAUGGACUAAUUCAUUUCCUGCGUUCCUUCUUAUGUAUCGCAGUCUCAUCACCGCUAUCGCUACUGUACAACAUCGGACAUAUCAGGCUUUGUUGGCUGUGUUAAUGGUCGGAUCAUCACUACCAAUUUAUGUUCAC